GCUCAUUCAAGAGAAGAGUGAACACUCAUAUACGCAUAAAAGAAAAGGGAUAACACAGGCUAUAUGCCUUCUGCCCUUAUUACACAAAUCUGAAUCUGACCUCCUCAACUUUUUAUAGCAGAGUUUGAAGCUUGAAUUCUGAAAGCCAACGUUGAAAUACGACUGUUGUAUGUCCAAGGAAUAAGCCAUCGAUUCGUUGCCUGGUGGUGAAUAGUCCGCUUUGUUUUUCAUAAAGUUUUCAGUUAAACCGGCAGUUUAAGAGCUUUGCAAUGCUUCGAACAAAAUAGAAAAAUCGUCCCUUAAAGGGGAAAGACUCAUAUUUCGUCGUUGUAAUGUGUACAUAUGAAUGGUAGACUCUUUAAAAAGUAAAAUCGAUGAAGUGGAACUCUUAUUAUCCAUGUUUUCUGAAGAUGAAAUUAAGCUAGGAGACAAAGAAAGCUAUUUAAAUGUCAAACGUCAUGCAGAACUGGAUGUUCUUCCUGAAAAGACAGAUGUGGAUUUUGUAAUCAAGCUUAAAAAGAAAGUAGAAUUAUCAGUUGUCCUACCCGAUGGUUACCCUUCAUGGAAUGCACAUCACCCUGUUAAGCCACUAAUUACUCUACGUUUGUUAUCCGAUAACUCUUCAAUUCUUGGCAUAAAUAUACGUGCAUUAUCCUCACGUUUUUAUCAUUGGUUAGAUAAAAUUGCAAAUACUGGUGAACCAAUCUUAGUGGCGUGCAUAGAUUGGCUUCAGAAUGAGUUAUUUAAUGAAUUACCAAUAACUAAUGAAAGUGUAACAUCUCUCUCAACCGGUUCAAUUUUAAACAACAAUGAGAAGACUGUUUGUUUAUGGAUUAUUAGCCAUCAUAUUCGAAGUCCAAUAAAAAGACGUCUGAUUUUAGAAUGGUCAAAAGAAUUAGAAUUAACAGGCUGUUGUAUGCCUGGACGACCAGGCUUAGUAAUUGUAGAAGGCGAAGAAACCAAGGCUGAUGAAUAUUGGAGAAGACUACGCAAUUUACAAUGGAAACAUAUACAACUUCGAGAAAAAGAAAUACUUGGUAUGGGUUUAUACAGAAUUCGUCGUUUUCAAGAUGGAUUUCAUGAACUUACAUUAUCUCAACAAAGUUGGUUUUCAUGGCUUCAUGAACAUGGUGUUACAUCAGAAGAGUAUAGACAUAUUUUCGGAAUUCCUGGUCGAUUGCCUCAAAAUGAACAACAAUAGAAAUGGAUCAGGAAUUUGAUGAAUUAAUCAUUUGGACUUCAAUCAAUAGGUUGUAGGUUCGAACAAUUCCCUACCCAUUUCAGUUUCAGGAUUCGAUUAUUACACAAAUAAUGCGACUCAGAUCCAACUAAGUAAACUUGUAGUUGGUCAAUAAACUGGAAAUAAAUAUAACGUGUAACUUGGUUGGUGAGUUGAGUUUGUUACCUGAAAAUAACGGAGCAAACAUUUGUAUUUUAUAGUGAUUGUGGCAUAUAGCUUUCAAUAUUUGCAAAGCGUGAAAUGUUAAUGUAAUAGUGCUAUUUUUGAUAUAUAAGAUGUCCUUUCAACUUGUAA